CAAGAACCCUGUUCAACCCGUAGGAAAGCUCAAAGUACGAAAUGUGUGCCCAAUUCAACCCAUUCACGUCGACAACGCUGUCGUCUUUCGACAUCUCCGAGCAACGCGCGGGUAAAAUCUCCCCUCCACGCCUCGUGAUUUUGGGCCCACCGGCAGGAGGCAAAGGCACUCAAUGUGAACUUCUCGUUGAAAUACUGGGAGUGGUACAUCUCUCCACUGGCAACAUCUUACGUCAAGCGAUUCAAGACAAGACGUUGCUAGGGCUUAAGGCUCAACAUUUUAUGGACCACGGGGAACUCGUUCCGGACGAUCUCAUUGUUGACGUGGUGCUCAAUCGACUAGCCGAAAGCGACUGUGUCACUCGUGGCUGGCUACUAGAUGGCUUCCCACGAACAUCUCGGCAAGCAGGAGCGUUGUUAAAUGCCCAAGGUGGUUUGGCAGCUCCUGACUGCGUUUUGGAACUAGAAGUUCCGGACCAUGAAGUCAUUCGACGUAUUGCGGGACGACGUGUUGACCCUGUUACGGGAAAGACCUACCACGUUGAGUUCAACCCACCUCCUGUAGAAGUGGCUGCUCGAGUUGAGCAGAGAAGUGAUGAUACCGAGGAGAAGAUUCGAACGCGAUUAACGCAGUUCCACUCUAAUGCGGAUGCAGUGCGAUCGGCGUUCGAGAAGUACCGUGGUGACUUUGGAGCGUCUAUUCAAGUCAUGCGUGCAAGUGGGUUUCAGGCGCCUCCAGCCAUCGCCGGAGCGUUUGCAGAUUUCGCCUUGCAACAAGCAGCUCAACGCAGUCUCAACCUCAUCCGACGGGAUGUUUCUAUGCGUUUGAGACGUCGUCUUGAGGCUGGAGCUCGUGGAGUUUUUCACGUUCCAAAUCCUCAAAAGAAACCGUCGUACCCGGUCCGUGCUCACGUCCGCGCUCUACACGCUUCCCGGUUGCUCUCGCCGCGUGAACAGCGAGCUAAACCUGUCCGCGGGAUGCUGCGUGAGCUGCUUCGAAGAGUGUGCGCUUAAGAUCUUAAAAGAGACCUAAGUUCACCAUCGUAGACGCCUAUUUCUUUCUAACGUCAGUCUUGUUUCAGCUGUCCGUUGGGUCCGUUGUUUCCGCGCGAUACGCACUGAGCUUUUCCGGCAACUCCAGACCGUGUCGCGUGCAACAGCGUUAUUAGAAAAAUAAAUCUUCCGGUAACAAUAAACACAAAUAAGAUUGCAUGUCCGAAU